ACGUCCUUCAAUUCCUCUUCCUCCUUUUAGCUAGCUAGUGGCGAGCACUGAGCUAAUGACUAGUUUCAUAAAACAUCUUAGUAGUAGUUAACAUGAACUGACUGUUCACACUAGUGUACCUUAUUUAAGUCUCUCCAUAAAUCGAAUAAACGAGCAAUCAAAAUGAACAUCAGAAACGCGCGGCCAGAGGACCUUAUGAAUAUGCAGCAUUGCAAUCUGCUGUGUCUUCCUGAAAACUAUCAGAUGAAAUAUUAUUUUUAUCACGGACUAUCUUGGCCUCAGCUGUCCUACAUCGCAGAAGACGAAAAUGGGAAAAUUGUUGGAUAUGUACUAGCUAAGAUGGAAGAGGACCCUGAUGAUGUACCCCAUGGACACAUCACAUCUCUGGCUGUAAAGCGCUCUCACAGAAGACUGGGCUUGGCUCAGAAACUGAUGGACCAGGCGAGCCGGGCAAUGAUUGAAAAUUUUAAUGCUAAGUAUGUCUCUCUUCAUGUCCGUAAAAGUAAUCGGGCAGCCUUGCAUCUAUAUUCAAACACACUCAAAUUCCAGAUCAGUGAAGUAGAGCCAAAGUAUUAUGCUGAUGGAGAGGAUGCUUAUGCAAUGAAGAGAGACCUGGCAAACAUGGCUGAUGAGCUGAGAAAGUGUGGUGUGCGGGUGUCAGGACAGGAGGCACCGUCUGGCCAGAGUCCAUCAGGAUCUGGAGACCAAGAGCGAGAGAGUGAGAGAGACAGCGGAGGAGAGAGCAAAGAGCUGAGUGAAGUCAGCGAGGCCACAGAAAGCACAGACGUCAAAGAUUCUUCAUCUGAUUCACAAUGAUGCAGACUUAUAGCCAUUUUUUUAAAUUCAUCUCUCCUUCAUAGUUUUAUCUGGGACAGCUAACAAACAGCUAACAAAUCCUUUAUUGAGGUCUGCUGUCAUUAACAAGUCCACUGCUUAUUUUCUUAUAAGAGUGGGACUGAGCAGUGAAGAAGCUCUUGAGCAUCAAGAAGCUUUUUAUUAGCAUGUUGUACAGGUGGCCCAAAGUUCAGAGACAAUUUCAAUAUUGAAAAUGGACAGUUUGAAUUAACUAGGUUCUCUAUUUAAGAUACCAAACACAAAUAAAUCUUUAAAAUACAAA